GUACCCAUAAAAAACAAAUUAAUUGUAAAAGUUUUAUUCAUUUUCGCGACUGCGUUCCUUCUUCACUUUGGUCUCCAAUACCAAUAUAUACACACUAAACAUUUAAUUUUUAAAGUAUACGUUUUGCCUUUAAUUCUGGGAGAAAAUUUGUCCAGAAAAAAUUAAAUCAACAUUUGUUAUUUUACCAAUUAAUAGCAGUUUUGAGUGGAUAGGUGCCAUGAAUAUUGCAGAUAAAUCCAAGAAGAAGAAUUUUCCUGUGAUGGUGCUUUGUGCCGCGCUGCUGGUUAUCAUGUUUUGUUACCAAUCGGUUUUUCUAGUUUUGGCUUUCAAAAAAGAAUGUCCCAACUCAGAAGGAGAAAAAGUCAGCGCUAUCUUCUCUACCAGUACUCACCAAGAAAGUCCUCUCAUAUUUGCUGAAGACCCAAUUUCUAAGGAGACGUCUUCGAAACACAUACUUUCUAGUGGUUCCACAACCUCCUAUCAAAAAGUGUCGAAAUCAGAAAGAACUCGGAAAAAUGAAGAUAACCGCUGGAAAAUAUCCGAAGCAACUGUUAGCAAAACUUCAACCUCUGAUCAGAAGAUUUUGAGUCAAUCAGCAAACGAUAGGCAAAACUCCAAUAUUCGAGAAGUGCCGAAACGGCUGAUAGUGAUCACGCCGCCGACUUACAACCGAGACACUCAAAUUCCCGAUCUGCUUAGGCUGAAGCAAACUCUCCAGCUGGUUCCAAACUGCGACUGGAUUGUGGUAGAGGACGCAGCUGAAGUGAAUCCACAAGUUUACAGUUAUUUGAAGGAUUAUAAUUCCGGUGGCCAAUAUUAUGUAGCUGUGAAAUCCGACUCGAGAUAUUUGCUCCUUAAAGGACGCUCUCAACGCAACAAAGCCAUCCGAAUCCUUCGAGGCCUCUACGAAGCACACAAUGGAACACAUCAAUCGAACCCAUAUAGAGACUCAGUCGUGUAUUUCGCAGAUGAUGACAAUACCUACGAUUCGCAGUUUCUAGAGUUGUUGAAGGAGACCAAAAAGAUAUCGCUGUUCAACGUUGAUUUUCUCAGCAACGGAUCGUACGGAGGGCCGAUUGUUGAAAACGAAAAAAUUGUGGGCUUCCAGAUUUCGUGGUACGGAGGUAGGAAGUUCCCCGUGGAUAUGGCUGGUUUCGCAAUCAACGUCGACUUCAUGAGCAGCAAAAACUUCCCUACAUUUCCUAUUUCCUGGAAGGGCUACAUGGAAUCCUUCUAUUUGGCGUCUUUCGGUCUUCCCGCGAGUCAAAUGCAGUUCUUCAAAGGAGAAGAAGGUGUUCAUGUAUGGCAUACCAAGACGAAGAAACCCGAACAAAUCAGGAAGGCUCCGAAGUUCAAAGUGUUUCUCAAUGGAACUGUUCGGACGCAGUAAAAAGAUAAACAAGAACCAGAAACAUUUAAUUGCAACAUUGGCAAGAUGCAUCCAAAAUGAAGAGUCAAACUACACGCACUCUUAAGAAAUUCAUUCACAGAAUUGUUAAUUUGAGUUUUGACGUAAAACAUUUCUCAACAAAUACAGUU